AUGUCCGAACAAAAGGAAGAAACCUUCGCCUUCCAGGCUGAGAUCGCUCAGUUGAUGAGCUUGAUCAUCAACACCUUCUACAGUAACAAGGAGAUUUUCCUUCGUGAAUUGAUUUCCAACUCUUCCGAUGCCUUGGACAAGAUCCGCUAUCAGGCCCUCACCGAGCCCCAGGAAUUGGAGUCCGGCAAGGAAUUGUACAUCAAGAUCACCCCAAACAAGGCCGACAAAACCUUGACCAUCAUGGACACUGGUAUUGGUAUGACCAAGGCCGAGCUGGUCAACAACUUGGGUACCAUCGCCAAGUCAGGUACCAAGGCUUUCAUGGAGGCCCUUCAGGUAAGCAUUUUUUAUUGUUUUCGAUGUUUUAGGUAUGAAUUUUGGAGGAGAUGAGUUUUAUCGGAUUUAUUAGGUAUUGAUCUUGGGAAAAACAUAUUUUACUUCAAUUUUGGGUUUAAAACUUGAAGUUCUUUAUAAAAAUCGUUAGCUAAGAGUGUGUAGCAGCUUUGGUAAUCAUUUCCUUUUGCCCAGAUGUCAAAAAAUUUUAAAUUUUAUUGUUUUAGGCUGGAGCUGAUAUCUCCAUGAUUGGUCAAUUUGGUGUCGGUUUCUACUCGGCCUUCUUGGUUGCCGACCGUGUUGUUGUCACCUCAAAGAACAACGAUGAUGACUGCUACGAGUGGGAAUCGUCGGCUGGUGGCUCGUUUGUUAUUCGCUCAAUCUCUGAUCCAGAACUCACCCGUGGUACCAAGAUCACCCUCCACAUCAAGGAAGACCAGACCGAAUACCUCGAGGAGCGCAGAAUCAAGGAGAUCGUUAAGAAGCACUCUCAAUUCAUCGGGUACCCAAUCAAACUUGUAGUUGAACGUGAACGCGAGAAGGAGGUCGAAGACGACGAAGCCGAAGAGACCAAGGAAGAGGAGAAGAAGGAGGAAGAAAAGAAGGAAGGAGAAAUCGAAGAAGUGAACGAGGAUGAGAAGAAGGAUGAAAAGAAGACCAAAAAGAUCAAGGAGAAGUACCUCGAGGACGAGGAGCUCAACAAGACCAAGCCCAUCUGGACCAGAAACCCCGACGACAUCUCCAACGAGGAGUACGCCGAGUUCUACAAGUCCUUGUCCAACGACUGGGAAGACCACUUGGCUGUUAAGCACUUCUCGGUCGAAGGUCAACUCGAGUUCCGUGCUCUUCUCUACGUACCACAAAGAGCUCCAUUCGACUUGUUUGAGAACAAGAAGGCUAAGAACUCGAUCAAGCUCUACGUUCGUCGUGUAUUCAUCAUGGAGAACUGCGAUGAGUUGAUGCCCGACUACUUGAACUUCAUCAAGGGUGUUGUCGACUCUGAGGAUCUUCCAUUGAACAUUUCUCGUGAAAUGCUCCAACAAUCCAAGAUUCUGAAGGUCAUCCGCAAGAACUUGGUCAAGAAGUGCAUGGAAUUGUUCAACGAGAUUGCUGAGGACAAGGACAACUUUAAGAAGUUCUACGAACAGUUCGGAAAGAACAUCAAGGUAGGUUUUGAUAUUUUACGUAAAUAAGAUUUUUGGUCAAGUCAAAGUAAAAAAACGGAAAAAAAUCACAAGUUAUAUAAAAGAUGAUGUUGUAGCUCUUGUUCUAAUGAUAUUGUUUUUAGCUCGGAAUCCACGAAGACUCGACCAACCGCAAGAAGCUCUCUGAGUUCCUCCGCUAUCAAACCUCCACCUCUGGAGACGAGACCUCUUCCCUUCAGGACUAUGUCAGCCGCAUGAAGGAAAACCAAACCUCUAUCUACUACAUUACCGGAGAAUCCAAGGAAGCCGUUGCCAACUCUGCCUUUGUUGAACGUGUCAAGAAGCGAGGAUUCGAGGUUAUCUACAUGGUUGACCCCAUUGACGAGUAUUGCGUCCAACAGUUGAAGGAAUUCGACGGCAAGAAGUUGGUCUCUGUCACCCGCGAAGGCUUGGAACUCCCAGAAUCAGAGGAGGAGAAGAAGAAGUUCGAGGAAGACAAGGUUAAGUUCGAGAAACUGUGCAAGGUCAUGAAGGAUAUCUUGGACAAGAAGGUCCAAAAGGUCUCGGUCUCGAACCGUUUGGUAUCUUCACCAUGCUGUAUUGUCACCUCCGAGUACGGAUGGUCCGCCAACAUGGAACGUAUCAUGAAGGCUCAAGCUCUCCGUGACUCCUCCACCAUGGGCUACAUGGCCUCCAAGAAGAACUUGGAAAUCAACCCUGACCACAGCAUCAUGAAGUAAGUUGUUUUACCUUGUUUUAAUCUUAAAUUUUGGAACAACUUUUUUUAAAUUUUUCAAACACAGUAGUUUUAUUGCUUUUUACUAUUAGUUUAUAAAUAUACUUGUGUUUCAAUAUUGUUUUACUAACUGAAUCCUUCUUCAGGGCUCUGUGCGACCGUGUUGAAGCCGACCAAGAUGACAAGACCGCCCGUGACUUGGUUGUUCUUCUCUUCGAGACCGCCUUGUUGACCUCUGGAUUCUCCCUGGAAGAGCCCGGAUCUCACGCCUCCAGAAUCUUUAGAAUGAUCAAGCUCGGUCUGGACAUUGACGAAGCCGACGCUGAGGAAGCCACUUCGUCGGCCGCCGUCGAAGAGGUCCCCAAGGUCGAAGGAGCUGAGGAAGACGCCUCUCGCAUGGAAGAAGUCGACUAA